ACGUCAUGAACUGAUGCACUCACAUUCCAUCAGGACCUUCUCUACACUUCACUACACUUAUGAAGCCUUCCCAUCCUCACCCCAAUUCACCCCCUUCACUGCCCCCACCCAUGUAUUCCCUUCACUUCACCUCAUUUAUCACUUUCCUAACCUUCUUCCUAAAAGUACUUGGUUUACAGGAGAGAGUCCCUAAAACCUCAGCAGGUAGCUGGUUCCAGAGUUGGAUGGUCCUAUUUACAAAGGAAUAUUUCCCGAUAUCUGUCCUUUGCCCUCUGCUCCUAAUUUUCCGAAUAUGAUCGACCCUGCUCAGAUAGUAUGGCCUUUGCCUUCCAUGCCCGUUCUCCCGUGUACGCUUUGAAGAGAGCACUUACGCGUGCUAUCUUUCUACGCUGUGCCAGGGUUUCCCAGUUCGAAUCGCUCCUGUGAUAUGCAAAUUUACAUGCUUUCCUUUGCACCCGUUCUAACGCAUUUAUCUGUCCCUCCCUGUAAGGAUCCCAGCACGCCGCCCCAUACAAGCAUUCGAAAACAUUUAUAAACACUGAUAAUUCUAAAUGACACUCAUAAACGUGGUUUACUUCAACGAAGCUUUUGGGUUAAAAACCUGUGCAAUGAGCAAUGAGACCUACAGAGAUGAAUAUCUUUCACGAUCUGAAAUGCAAUACAAGAAUAUCCUUUGUCCUGCAGGCUGUGACCGACGGUCUGAUACUGCAUUUAUUUACUGAAAGCUGCAAACCCCAGCAAGGCUCCAGGGAUCACGCUAACAAGGCACUCUCUUUCAGCUGGUGGUACGUAAUGUCCAAAGUAGUGGAACUAGCGGACACUGUGUUUUUCGUGCUCCGAAAGAAGAACAGACAAGUUUCGUUCCUCCACGUGUACCAUCAUGCUUCACAGGUGGUAUAUUCAUGGGCCUGUCUCAAGUAUCUCCCAGGUGAACAAGGAGUUGUUAUGGGAUUCAUCAAUUCCUUGGUACACGUCGUCAUGUAUUUCUACUACAUGGUAGCAGCGAUGGGGCCCAAGUACCAGAAAUACAUUUGGUGGAAAAAGUACAUGACCGUGAUACAACUGGUACAAUUCGUGGUGGCCCUGGUCUACCUGGCAUUCACCCUCGUCUCGGACUGCCACGUCUCCCGACUUCUAAGCGUCUUGUUGGCCACGAACGGCACCUUCCUCUUAAGCCUGUUCAUGAACUUCUACUUCCAAACGUACAAGAAGAAGGUGGCAGAUUGAAGAAAGGAGACAAAUAAUGUUCACUCAUCAUCUCCUUAACGUGACGCAGUAGUGGCAUGUUUCAACAGCGUCUCUGAACACCUUUUAGUUGGGAUACCCCUUAAUUUACAAAGAGAGUCACCACGUGCCCAUUUUGAAUGGUAACUUAUCUCGAGCUACGUUCUCCAUGACACCAAUAAAACAGUAAUUAAGAAGUUUCCUGCUGCUCAAACUUUCAAACUCAGGUUUCAAAUUGCCGAAGGUCAUUUUCACCUGUGUUUCGCAAAGCACACAACAUACGUUUUGUACCUCCUAGAGAUGCCUACAGACACGCAAAGUUAAGGAGCCCUGCGUCAGAAAGACGGAAUUAUCUGACACACCUCGAGGUACGACUGAAGCAGGAAGCAGUUGAAAUGGGCACUGUUUCAUUUCAACGAAACUAUCAAAAAGCCUAUUUAAAUGUAAGUUCGUGUUAUCACUUGUUAAUUUAUCAUCACAAACCCAUACGAAAUAACAAUUAAAUGUCAUUCUGUAUAUUUUAAUUUCCGAGAAGGCAAAACAUUCUAAAAUGUAAGGUACAAAUCAUCCCCCGAAUUCAAACUGUUCUUCUUAAUGUCCUUGAUCUUUGCCUUUAUAUUAAGAUUAAUGUAUGUAUAUACCCAUCUUGUAAAAUAUUUUAAAGAAAUAAAAUUCCGCUGUCCGUAAC